AUGGCACCGUUCACGCUCAUCGCUGAACUCCCUGCGCACAUCAGCCCUGAGGAGCACAGAAAUAUCGUCGCAUCUACGCCCGCGUCCUUCGCCUCUAUUCCCCCGGUUUUGCGCCAUAAGGAGGAAAAUGUCUCUGUCACGAUCGAUCCGCCCCUCGAGGGCUUUCCCGCCCAGGAUCUUGCACAUGGAACGCUCUACAUUAUUGAGAACGCACUCGUUUUUUUGUCCAAAAGCGGGCGCGGAUGGUCGGUCGAAUACCCCUCGAUCACUCUCCACGCGAUCUCGCGCGCAGAAUCGGGCCCGUCAAUAUACUGCCAGCUGGACGAGGCUGCUGCGCUUGCUAACGGUGACACAACGGUGGACGAAGAGGCCGACACAGAGUUGAAGGAGCUCAUCAUCGCCCCUCAGGACGCCGCAGCGCUCGAACCGAUAUUCGAAGCCCUCUCCCUCUGUGCAUCCCUCCAUCCCGACCCUGCCUCCGCCGACAUGGACGAAGACGGCGACGACGCCUUCAUCGACGCCGGCGCGUUCGAGACGUUCAACGGGGACGAGAAUGAGGAACUCAGCGAAGUCGGCCGGGUGCGCAGCGAUUUCAUCAAUAACAACCGUUAUGCACCGUACUAG